AUUCUCCCUUGAGCUUCUGAUCUAAUUCUCCAUUAAUGGCAGCGCCUGAAGGGCCUAGUAGUAGUUAUGUCAAUAUGUACUACGAAAAUGAGGAUGAGAGAUCUGUAGAAGAGAGGGCUAUAGACGACUGGCUUCCAAUCACUGCUUCAAGAACCGCCAAAUGGUGGCAUUCAGCUUUCCACAACGUCACCGCCGUCGUCGGCGCCGGCGUUCUCGGCCUCCCUUACGCCAUGUCUCAGCUAGGAUGGGGGCCAGGGAUGGCAGCUCUGGUGCUGUCAUGGAUCAUCACUCUCUACUCUCUGUGGCAGAUGGUGGAGAUGCACGAGAUGGUGCCGGGAAAGCGGUUCGACCGAUACCAUGAGCUCGGGCAGCACGCCUUCGGGGAGAAGCUGGGGUUGUGGAUCGUGGUGCCUCAGCAGCUCAUCGUUGAAGUUGGCGUCGACAUAGUUUACAUGAUCACUGGAGGCAAAUCCCUCCAGAAAUUCCACAAUUUGGUUUGCUCUGACUGCAAACACAUUAAGCUCACUUAUUUCAUCAUGAUCUUCGCCUCCGUCCACUUCGUCCUCUCCCAGCUCCCUAGCUUCAACUCCAUCUCCGGCGUCUCCCUAGCCGCCGCAGUAAUGUCGUUGAGUUACUCCACAAUUGCGUGGGGUGCAUCGGUUGACAAGGGGCGGCAGCCUGAUGUGGAGUACGGGUACAAGUCUCAUACAACGGGCGGGACUGUGUUCGACUUCUUCAGCGCGUUGGGGACGAUCGUGUUCGCCUACGGUGGUCACAACAUUGUGAUGGAGAUACAGGCCACUAUGCCUUCUACACCGGAGAGGCCCUCCAAGGGACCUAUGCUGAAGGGAGUCAUUGUUGCCUACGUAGUCAUCGCCUUGUGCUACCUCCCCGUUGCUCUUGUCGGUUACUACAUCUUUGGUAAUAAUUUGGAGGACAACAUUCUCCUCACUCUGCAAACACCCACCUGGCUCAUUGCCAUGGCUAACAUGUUUGUCGUCGUUCAUCUCAUUGGGAGCUAUCAGAUAUAUGCAAUGCCGGUUUUUGACAUGAUGGAAUCCUUGCUUGUAAAGAAACUCAUGUUUAGACCAACUUGGCAUCUACGACUUAUUACAAGGACUACUUAUGUUGCUUUUACAAUGUUUAUUGCUAUCACAUUCCCUUUCUUCAACGGCCUGCUUGCAUUUUUUGGAGGAUUUGCGUUUGCGCCAACUACAUACUUUCUUCCUUGUAUCAUAUGGCUUAUAAUUUGCAAACCAAAGAAAUUCAGUUUAUCUUGGUUCGCGAAUUGGUUUUGCAUAAUCUUUGGAGUUAGUCUGACGAUUGUUGGACCCAUUGGAGGAUUGAGAGAGAUUAUAACCAAAGCGAAUACAUAUCGGUUCUACCAAUAAACAGAGAUAUUUACAUAUACAAAGAAUCUUUGUUAAUGUUAUAUCUCAUGUACUACAUCGGUUUCCAUUCUUGUUUCUCUAAUCUAAAUCAACUUUUUUCAUCAAAAAUACAGGUUUGGUGAGUUAUGUUAGCUAGGACAAUGUAAAAGUGUGAAUAUGUUGGAUGCUUUGAUAAAGAAAA